CAUAAAUGCUGUAGAACAGUAUUACGCCAAUGAUAAUGCAAAAUCUCUUGUAACGCUGAAGUGUUUUGCUGAGUAGGAGAUCGAGCCAUUGAUCGAAACGCAUACCCCUACUUAGAACUCAAAAUGGUUUAAAUCAAAUUGAAUAUAGUGAGACAUUAGCGUGCGUGUGCACUACAUACCAGUGCUCAAUUUAGAAACGCGCAAAAAUUCGUGCAGAACUAAAUAGGUAAUCAAACUUUCGGUAUUUUCGAAAUUAUGCCAGCAAAAAGUGGGCAACCGAAGUUUCGAACUUACCCUGGCAUGGGGCUUCCAUUAUGCAAAACUUCGUGUGAAACUAGCUUUAUCUGAAUAAGAGCGUUGUUUAGAGUUUCAUUGACAAAAAAGUGCGAAUGAUAUAGUUCGAAUAUUUUGUCAAUGAAUGUUAGGUAUAUACCGUGUGUUCGAGUUAGUGUAUUCGAAUUUCUUACUUAUGUCAACACACGGGUCGCUAUGCGCGCACUUUAAUCGAAAAUUUUUAUUUAUUUUGAAGAUGUUUUACAAACGUAUGGCCGUCAACAUAGCUGUUUGAGCAAGAAUGGGAUGCAUUACUCAACACUAGCUUUAAAGGUUUACACUUUUCUGUGCAUAUAAUUAAGUGCCGGGAGUGAAUGUUCUAGCUGAACCAAAGUUUUGGACGCAAUGCCACGUCGUGACAAACCGUUAUCUCAAGCUUUAGUGAUUUCGUCAGGUUCAUCGGAUAGUGGUUCUCAUGGAAGAGCAACCCCCCCGGCGGACCAGGAUGAGGAGUCGUCGUUGUCAUUUUUAUCUUCGACCGGAUUACGCCAUGGCAUUUACAAUAAUCCUCGUUGUCAAGGGCGCCAAUUUUGGAUGACAGCCUCGUCGGGCUCCGUUGUAAAUCUUAUGGGUUACGCGUUACGGCACGGGCGCGGAUCAAGUCUUGUACAUCUUGCAAAAUUACUGCAUAACGAGCCAAUCAUAUGUGGGUUCGAGGCACCCCUGCGUGGCCUAUUGUUUGCUGCGUUCUAUUACCCACUGAAUAGAAGACUUCUCGAAGAUUUGGCGGUCUGUGUUCUGCCGCUCGAUCCUCUUGUAAGAACAGGGGCACUUCUAGAAUCUCUCCUCCUUAUGCUGCAAAAUCAACAGCUUACUUACGAAUUCGAGCCCAUCACAAACUGGGCAGACACUCACGCCAUAAGCCGCGAAAAAGGUCGCGAGACCAAUCCUUUGCUAGCCAUCUUUCAUGGCUACGUCGCGCUACAGCGGGUACGUGAGCUCACAAAACUUCAAAGUGAUCCGGAACUUCUCUCCGGCACCCUAACAGAUGAUGAACGGGCUUUUCGAGAAGUUGCUUUAAGCCACCAACGGGCGCUGGUGCGCAAAUCGCUCGAGGGCGCCUUCUGUGUUCCCAAAGUAGUAGGCGAUGUCUUCCUACAGAUGGGCCUGUUGUAUGAGCAAAUGGACGAAGAGUUCAACUUCGAAAAAGUUCUAAAAUCCUAUAUAAAACGUAAUCCGAACCAUUUGACGGGAUUUCUAUUUUAUUGUCAGCUUCUACGUCAGCGCCAGGAUGUCGACAGCUCAAUUCGCCGUCUUGCUUGCAUUCGGAAGAUAUUAGUGAUGGCACCGGCAGACACUCUUGUUCUCGACUAUGCGGAAACGAUUUUAGAUCUCGGGGAGGUAGCGGAUUUUCAAGAUGUAGCUGACCGACUAGCGACGUAUCUUGACCACUGGGAAAGAAGAGCAUGCCUUAGGGGAUGGAGACUUUUGGCGGCUACGCUAUUGCUCGCCAGGAAGUACGAUCAUUCUGUUGAGUUUAUGAGCAACAGAAAAUUUUGGUGGAAAUACCAUUUUCGGGUAGAUGACUGCAACUGCGAACCUGUGACGCUUGCCAAAGCACUCGUCGUUUCACUGUUAACUGGUCCGGAUAAUGCAUAUGUUCGUGCUACGAGCGCAGCAGCUGCAAAUGCAAAUGAUGGCAGGCUUGAACAUGCCCUGAAGAUAACCACUGAUGCUAAAAACUUUCGACUAGACAUGUUUGUUGCAAUCGUUCAAUAAUGCAUUGUUCUCAUUUGUUAAAAAAUAAAGCAUAAGUUUGUUAUAUAGACACGUCGGAAUAAAGUAGCUUUACUUGUAACUAGACCUGCUCCUAAAAGAAAACACUGAUUACUUAACGUAGCGGAUUUUUUUCUGAGAUGAAGCAACUAGCCGCUUGUGUUAAACUGGACCCAUGGAAAUGACCCAUAUUGAGAGAAAUCUCCAACACUGAUAUCGGACAGGCUGAUGAUCUAAUGUGAUUCAUUCGUAAAGUGUUGUAAAAACUCGAGCACGACAUCAGCCUUGACUGGAUAAUUAAGCAUAAUAACACUUUAAAUGCUCUCAUGAAAGACUAACACCUCUAUAGGCUUAUUUUUGCUUACAGUGAGUGGCCGAUAGACAUUGCGCCUAUCUUCGGCGACCUAGAGCCUUUGUUCGCCACAAGAUAUUUCCGGCUACUUGAGAUCUAUAAUAGGCAGCUGAUGGUAUUGAACGUGCCUGGCUGAUCCCUUUAUUAAAAACCU